AUGUCUUUUCCCUUUCGAAUAAUUGACCACAUCAUUCCCGGGCAGCACAUCCGAGAGUACCCACAAAGUACCCGGGGCAGACAAGAAACCCCUCACCAGCUCGCGAUCAAACAAUAUAUCCCUCUUGACCGCCCCGAUCCAGUGCCUGACAACGCGAUCACAAUUAUCGGGUCCCCUGGUAAUGGCUCUCCGAAGGAAACCUACGAGCCCCUCUGGGAGGACAUCUACACCGAGUUGAAGCAUAGAGGGGUGCCUCUGCGGGGAAUCUGGAUGGCAGACACAUCCAACCAGGGGGAAAGCGGGGUUCUCAAUGAAUAUAUUCAAGGCGAUCGCACAAAUUGGUACGACCAUUCCCGCGACCUCCUCCUGAUGGUCAACCAAUUCCGCGAUGAGAUCCCUCGUCCGAUCAUCGGUGUUGCACAUAGCAUGGGCUGUGCACAACUGGUUAAUCUUUCCAUCAUUCAUCCGCGCCUCCUGUCCACGCUCAUCCUCUUCGAGCCCGUCAUCAUCGAGGCUUCCUUCGGUGGUCCCAACCCAGCACUUCCCGCUAGCCUCCGCCGAGACCUUUGGCCGAAUGCCGAAAGCGCCAAAGCAUCAUUAUCAAAAGGCCUCCGAAAUUGGGAUCCUCGUACGCGAGAAAGAUACCUUCAGUACGGGCUACGCAAAGUCCCAACUGCCCUAUACCACCCUUCAGAUUCAAAUGUUGGCCCCGAAGCUGUGACGUUAAGAACAACAAAGCACCAAGAAGCGUGGAGCUUUUCUACGAUGAACCUGGAACCCGAGCAGCUGGACCGACUCUUGCUACCUGACUGGGACAGUGAACGGGAGCGGCCGUAUCUCUUCUCACGCCCGGAAUGCUGGUCCGCCAUGAGAAAUUUACCGUUUCUGAGACCUAGUGUCCUCUGGGUCUUUGGGGAGAAGAGCUUCCUGUCUUUGCCGGACGCGCAGGACGCCAAGAUGCAGGUAACAGGAACCGGAGUGGGUGGUAGCGGCGGGGUUCAAGCUGGGGCGGUAGAAAAGGCUGUCCUGGUAGAUGGGACGCAUACCCUUGUGUUCGAAAAUGUUGAAUGGUGUGCUGAGACUUCGGCUAGAUGGAUUUGGAAGUGGUACAACGGCUGGUUAGCAGAUGAAAAGUUUUGGUCUGAGUACAGAAGUCGGCAGUCGGAUCAUGAUAUGUUAAGAUUGUCAAAGGAAGCAGUCCAGGUGGCGAAAAUGCCAGUUGGAGCAAAGAGAGGAGAGGCCUGUAAACUGAAAUUAUAAAUUGAU